AUGGCAACGAUUGUUUUGGAUCUUUUGAAAUCUGUCGACAACCUUGAGUUGAUUGUCGCCGCAGUCAACAAAAACAGAAAGUGCCUCCUGUCUUUAUUAUGUCAUUGCAAAGAUUACGUAAUGCAAUCGCCUAAUGGACUUGAGUUUGCCCCAAAUCUUUUGUUCUUAUGCACCAUAGUAACUCGAGUGUGUGGUCCUACAUGUAAACAGUACCAAGUAUUUCUGGUGGAACUUCUUCAGAACUUGAAAGAUUUUGGACUGGAAACAUUCUGCAAAGUAUGUUGCUCUGAACAUGGAUCAACGUCUAUGUUAAACCUUAUCAUCGAUAAUUAUCACGCUUACUCUUCAAUUUUUUCGUUGCAUCUGCUUUUGAAUUGCAGUUCAAGGGUUGAACAGCUAUCGUUCAGUCAUUUUUGCAUCGAAAUGGCAAAAGUUUUGUGCAUGGGUUGCUCUGAAAGUGAGAAAAAUUCUUGGGUGAUGCGAGUUUUUGGCGAAGAAUUAUGCGUAGAAUAUGAAGUUGCCUGGAUAAAUCAGCUUGAAAUUUUUGAUAAUUCUCUUAAAAUGAAACAAUACGAAGAAAAAGAUAUUAUUCCGUUUGACCUAUCAUCUCUAACCGCCGAAAAUUUACAUAUACAUGAUGAUGUACAAGUAGUUUUUGAAUCAGAAUUUUUUAAACCAGUGCGAAGUAAUGACUUGAACCAAUCGGAAUAUGUCGUAUGUGAUUCUAAACGAGACAUUUUGAAUGAAGUUGCGAGCACGCUCAGCCGUCAUGUGCCGCUGAUGCUCUGUGGAUCAUCUUGUAGUGGAAAGUCGAAAAUGGUGGAAUUCUUCGCUCAUACGAUAGGUAUCUCAAACGACAAUAUUGUACGCUUGCAAAUUACAUCCCAGUUCGAAGACCGUGUGCUUACUGGAUUCUUCACUUGUGGAGUUGAACUGGGGGAACUAGUUUGGCGUCCUGGAUUGCUACAGCAGUGCUACUCGGCAGGCAAGUGGCUCAUUCUAGAAGACAUACACAAAGCUAGUCCGGACGUCAUCACAGUGAUUGAACACUUCUUGGCCAAUGAAGAGAAAAUGAGCUCAAAAACUGGAAAAGAAAAAGAAUCGGUAGCCGAGUUCCAAAUAAUCGCAACAUGUGAACCAGAUUAUUCGGGGAAACUUCAUCCUUUUUUGAAGCAAAUGUGCUCUGGAUCCAAAGGGUUCAAGUGUUGUGUUCUACCGGCAAUCGAAGAUAACGAUCUGAAAGGAAUAGUUGAACAAAGGUUUUCGAAUCUUGUGGACUUGUCAACCAAGUUGUUAGUGCUGAAAAACUUGUUGACUGCCAAUCAAAAAACAGUUUUCUCGUUGCACGCUUUCAUGAAAUUUUGCGACGAUGUUAACAACUUGCCGAAACUAGAUGCGGAAGUGAUUUGUCAUUCGGCUGUUGAUUAUUUUACAGCCAUGAUUCCUACCUCCCAAGACCGACUUUCUGCAGCCGAGGAAAUAGUCGCGGUAUUUAAUUUUCCGAAGGAAAACGCAGAUUUCUUGAUCAACCAAUACAAACCAGCACUGAAAAUUGAGAAACACACAUUCAAAAUCGGUAGAAGUCAAGAUGUCACCCUAAAAGCUGAUUCGCAAAGAACUAAAACGAACUACGCUCUGACAAAACCGGCUCUUUUGAUUGGAGAAAACGUACUAUUAGCGGUUCAAAGUGAUCUACCAGUAUUAUUGUGCGGUGAAACAGGUACGGGUAAGACGACAUUAGUUCAGUUUUUAGCCAAUCAGGUUGGAGCUGAAAUGACAGUACUCAAUAUGAGUCAUCAGAGCAAUUCGGCUGAUCUGAUUGGAGGGUUGAAGCCUGUUAGUUUGAGUCGACACUUCGCACCAAUCAAAGCGAAGUUUGACAAUUUGUUUGCAAAAACGUUUAAAAAAGAUGUGAACGAAAAGUUUCUCGGCCACGUGACAAAUGCUUUUGUGAAGGAGAACUACAGAAUGUGCCUGAAGUUGAUUUUACAUGUCUCGAAAAUGGUGCCAAUUAAGAGUAAAAUGUUGAAAGCUUGGAAAGAGUUUUCAGCAGAACUAGAAAGCUUAACAUCGUAUAUGCAAAGGCAAGAGAAAUCAAAGGAAUCUCUACUGUUUUCAUUUGUCGAGGGAUGUUUGCUGCAAGCCAUGAAAAAUGGUCACUGGUUGCUUUUGGACGAAAUAAAUUUAGCUAGUCCGGAAACGCUGGAUUGUCUUCUGGAAGUGCUGGAAAACCGAAGAUUGACAGUUGACGAAAUGGCCGGUAAAGAAUCAGUGUAUGCCCACAAGGAUUUUAAACUCUUUGCCUGUAUGAACCCAGCAACUGACGUGGGCAAAACAGCUUUACCGUCUUGUGUGAGAAAUCAUUUCAUGGAGUUCUACUUUCCUCUAACUUGUGAUGAAAUUGAUCUUGCUUUACUUGCAAGCGAGUAUCUGAAAAGUUCAGUUAAGAUCGAGGAAACUCAAAUUGACAAUCUCGUUAAGCUCUACAUUGAUCUUAUAAAUUUAUCUAAGAACAAAGUGUUGUACGAUUCAGAAGAAAAGUGUGCUAAUUUCAGUCUGAGGCAAUUUUCACGAGCGCUUCGCUUUAUCAGUCAAGCAAAAAAUUGCUCGGUGACAAAAGCAUGCGCUGAAGCGUUUAAAUACGGAUUCAUAAACCAACUAAACGAAUCGUCUCGAGUGAAAGUGAAAGAGAGAAUCGAUAAAUAUUUUCCGCAUGCAGAUAAAGAAAAUUGGCUGCGAACUUCGCCCACUGCGAUUGCUAUAGAAGGCUUUUGGGUCGAACCAAUCAAUUCUCUGGAAUCUCUUGUAAACGAAAAAUACGUCUUGACAUCAACUGUCAAAAAUCAUUUGGGCCAACUGGCUUGUAUAGUAAUGUCAGGACGUGAUCCAGUUUUACUGCAGGGUGAAACUUCAGUUGGAAAAACCAGUUUGAUUCAUUACUUAGCUGAUCUUCUGGGCCAAAAAGUCUGGAGAAUAAACAAUCACGAACACACUGAUAUACAGGAAUAUCUUGGCGCGUAUUGCUCUUCGAAGACAGGUGAACUAAUUUUUGAAGACGGAGUUCUUGUCAAGGCAAUGAAAAAUGGAAACUGGGUUAUUUUGGACGAGUUGAAUUUGGCCCCGACUGAAGUGCUAGAAGCAUUAAACCGACUUCUAGAUGAUAACCGAGAGUUGUAUGUUCCGGAGACGAAUAAACUGAUAAAAGCGCACCCGGAGUUUAUGUUGUUUGGAACCCAAAAUCCAGCUGGAAGUUACUCCGGCAGAAAAAUUCUAUCUCGAGCAUUUAGAAAUAGAUUCAUAGAAUUGAAUUUUGAUCAAAUUCCCGAAGAUGAGCUGAAAACUAUCAUUAGUAAAAGGUGCGAUCUUCCAUCUUCUUAUUCGACUAAAAUAAUUAAUUUGAUGAAAUCGCUACGUUCGCAAAGAAGUUUGUCGAAUAUGUUCGCAGGAAAAUCUAGUUUCAUCACGUUGCGAGAUUUGUUCAGAUGGGCUAAUAGAUAUAGCAAUGCUAGUUUGUCAUGUGAACAAGUUUUGUUUGACUGGAACUUGUUUUUAGCCCAGCAAGGUUUCAUGUUGCUAGCAGGAAGAGCGCGAAACGAUAUCGACAAUAAUUGUAUCAGAUCUUCAAUUGAGAAGACGUUCAAAGUUAAUCUAAAACCAGAGGAGAUUUUCAAGUUUCCCAGCCAUAAAUCAAAAGGAGUCUGCACUCCAAGAUAUUUGCGCAGUUUGAUUGAAAUGAUUGACGAACAUUCCGAUUCGUUUGAAAUAGCGUGGACAGCCAAAAUGGUCAGGAUGGCAAUUUUAGUUAGUAACGCGCUGGAAAACAAAGAACCGGUGUUGCUUGUCGGUGACACGGGAUGUGGAAAAACUACAAUUUGUCAACUGUUAGCACAAUCGAUCGACCAAAAUUUAUUCACUGUUAAUUGCAAUAUGAAUAGUGAUGCGAGUGAUUUUAUCGGUAGCUUGAGACCAGUGAGGAAUCACGAAUCAUCAGACAUUGACACGGAUGAAAGUUUGGAAUCGAUGGCUGCUAGUUUGUUCAAAUGGCAGGACGGCCCGGUUACCCAAGCUGCUAAAACAGGUGGAAUCCUCCUACUAGACGAGAUUUCCUUAGCCGAUGACAGCGUGCUUGAAAGACUUAACAGUUUGUUUGAAGAAAAACGAACACUGUUGAUAGCGGAAAACACGCAAGACAAUAAAAUUGAUGUUAUUGAUGUUCACGAUGAAUUCAGAGUAGUUGCAACAAUGAAUCCGAGUGGAGAUUACGGGAAAAAAGAGCUGUCAAUUGCUCUAAGAAACCGAUUCACUGAAAUUUGGUGUCCUUCUGACAUAGCCCGUGAAGAUGUUUUGGCAGUAGUAAAUCAACUUGCAUCCGAUUUUGUGCCUGAAGAUGUCUGCAAUUUAUGCUGUGACUUCGUAAUGAUGUUCCUGGAAGAGCUGAAAAUAUCGCUGCGAGACGUGAAAUCCUGGAUGCAAUUCAUAAAGUCGUCGACAGGAAAAAUUGGAAUUCAACAAUCUUUUGUUGAAGGUGCCUGGUUGAUUUUUCUGGAUGGUUUGGCACCAAAAGACGCAAUUGUGAAGAAAAAAUGUAUCGGUUAUUUAAAUGAACAGACAAAUUACCGAAGUUUCAGCUCUGACAACAAAGUGUUGGUUCCAAAAAUUGAAGAUAACUUCCUAAAAAUAGCCGGUUUCGAAAUAGAGAAAUCUGAAAAUGCAAUGGAUGUAACAAAUAAAUCAAGCUUUGAUUUUCUAGUUCCGACAACUAACGUAAAUUUGGUUAAAACAAUGCGCGCUCUGAGUAUCAAGAAACCGAUUUUGAUCGAAGGUGUUCCGGGAAUAGGAAAAACUGCACUUGUUGAGAACAUAGCUAAGCUUACAGGAAUUGACCUUGUACGAAUUAAUCUUAGCGAGCAAACUGAUAUUUCUGAUUUAUUGGGAAAUGAUUUGCCGAAUUUGUGUAUUGAUGAUUCGCAAAAUGAAAAUGAAACUCGGAAUCCAGUUUUCUCAUGGCACGAUGGACCAUUGCUUUCGGCAAUUAAAUCGGGAAAAUGGGUGCUCCUAGACGAAAUCAAUUUAGCAUCACAGUCAGUUUUAGAAGGACUUAAUGCGCUUUUCGAUCACAGAGGCGAAGUUUACAUAUCAGAGUUAGAUCGAAUCUUCAAACUGGAGUCAUCUACGACAAGGUUUUUUGCUACCCAGAAUCCUUCUGAAAGUACAAAUGGACGGAAAAAUUUACCAAGAUCUUUUGUGAACAGAUUCUCGAAAAUUUUCAUGGAUCCCCUGACCGAAAAAGACUAUCGAUAUAUAUUCGAGUCAAUCCUGAAGAAUGCAUCUGAUGAUUUGAAAUCAACGAUGCUUGAACUGGUUUCGAAAAGCAAAGAUGUCAAUUUGCGAGAUGUUCUAAAAUUCUCAAAAAUAACCGAAAUGAACAAACGGAAACUGAACAGUGAAUUACUUUCUUACUGCAAAGACGAAGCUUUUCUUAAUUUCAUUGUAGGAUCGAAGCUUCAAAGUACUCAAAACGAAAUUGCGAAAAUGAAAAUAAACGAAGUUGAUGUUAUCCCCAAAGCGAGGAAUUCUUCUAAAAACUUCAGAAUAGGCAAGUUUCAACUCACUAAAAACUCGACCUCAACUUUGAAAAGCUUCAGCUCUUUAUCAAAGAUGGAAAACUUGUUUUGUUUGGAAUCGAUAAUGGGUUGUGUGGAAAAUGCAUUCCCAGCAUUAAUAACCGGACAAGACAGCAAUGGACAAGUUGAAUUAAUUAAACAGUUAGCAGUAAUAACAGGUCAUGAUGUGCACGUGAUCAACUUAAAUUCAAGCACAGAUGUCCUUGAUCUUUUUGGAAAAUAUUCGAACUUUGAUCCAAAUGCUUUGAUAUCGGAAUGUUGUAAACGAAUUGGAAAUGUGAUGAAAAAGCAUUUCAGAAGUCAACAAACUCCGAGAAAAGUAGCAGAUAAACUGCUUAUGGGACUGAUUUGUUUAGAAACGUGUUCAAAUAUUGAACUUUUUGAGAAGUUCACUCAGAUUCUGGAAAAUAUUCAAAAGUUCUCAGAGCUAAUUUUCGAAUCAGAAAUUGAAAGUAUUCAGCGAGUAGUAAAAGCGUGUUCAAUAGAAAGAAAAUUGAACAAUUUCGUUUGGGAGAACAGUGUUCUAUUAGACAGCGUCCAAAACGGACAUUGGUUGAUUCUACAGAACGUUGACCUUUGCUCAUGUGCUGUUUUGGAUCGUCUGAACAGUCUGUUAGAACCAGGGGGAAAGUUGACAUUGGGUGAACUCUCGAGUAAUGAAAGCGGAGAAAUCCAAAGUUUUUCUCCGCAUGAGGAGUUCAGGAUUUUUCUGACGUCAUCGAAACGGAUCGAAAUGGAAAACACUGACGCUGUGUCAUCUGCAAUGUAUAAUAGAUGCGUUUUAAUUAACAUUCACUCACAAGAAAAUCAUAAUGAAACAGUUUUGGAUAAGACAAAACCAGAAUAUCUUCUAGGUUUCGAUAUUUACUGCUCAAAGUUGCAUUCUUGGAUCCAGGAUGCUCGUUGCUUGAAGAAAGUCUUAAAAAGUAGCUCAGAUGAUGUUAUGAAUAGUCUAAAUUUGCUAAUUGAGCACUUUCCGACUUUCGAAAACCAAGCAGAAAAAAUGAAGUCGUGGAAAUACCUGGAAUGGCCAGAUGUUGAAUCGCUAUCUCAAGACAUUGAAGCACUGUUGAUUAAUAGAACCCCUGAUUUGUGUUGGAUAUUUUUACCCAUCCUGGACAAAUCUUCCAACUAUUUUUUUUCUUCGAUCAUCAAAUCCGUGUCUGACACAUUUAAAAUUAUUUCAAUUUUAAUCAAGAGAGUUUGUGAAGCAUCAAGUUCCGAUGGUCAAUCUUUGGAGGUAUUCGUCUCAAAAUUAACAAAGAGAGAUGACAUAUCUGUUGAAGCCAAUAAUGCUAUUAACUGGGAAAUGAUCCAAAAAGAGUUUCUUCUCAGUCAGAAACUUCUUAAAUGGGCAGUUUUUCUCCUCAACAAGACGUCUCAAGGAGUCUCGAAUCAUGGAAGCUACGUGGUUUCUAAGCUGUCAAAACUCAUGAAAAAUUUCGAUGACAAUGAAGAAAAAUGUGAAACAUCGAAAACUUCGUGGGGAAAAGUUAGCAAAAUCUUGCAAGUUUCUGCCACCCGCAGUGAAGUUACAAAUUUGAAAGCAUUGUUCUCGGAUAAGAAAUGUAUCGAAGAGCCAAUGGAAAUUGAUGACAUGAUCCCAAGCGAUAUUCGGGAAAAUCAAGAAACAUUUGAUGCAGCGUAUUGGAUGAAGCUGGUGUCCCUUCUUUCGUGCAAAGAGAUUCUCAAGAAUAAUCUUCGAGAACAGAAAAAUUUGUCUCAAGCGUUCAAACUGUACAAUUUAUCAGAUGUAGUUUUAGAGCUGGUUCUGAAAAAUGAGGAGAAGAUUACGAAAACUAGUAACUUUGACAUACAGUUUACUUCAAUGCUAUGUUGGGCUAAAUUAUGGCACUCUGAAAUUGAGAUGCGAAAGCAGAUUCAAGACUCAAUUGAAACUUUGAAGCGAAGGGAGAUGUUUCCAGAACCGACGCUUGAGAAUCAUAGGUCGAUUUUGGACGAUGUCAAUCAAUUUUUCUGCAUGUUGUGGCAAAGUUCGAACUUUUUGAUUCGCACCUGUUCAUCGUCAGAUCAACGCGUAAAUGAUAUUGUUCAGGAUAUUUCAAAGAAAUUGAGUUUUCAAUUUGGUGGAAAUGCAGUCACAGUAGAAAGCUUACCGGCAAUUGGACGCCGAGUGUUUGAAAGAAGUCUAGAAAUUAUGGGUAGUUUUGACCCCGCCGAAGAAGCUAUGAUCAAAAUUGAUUGCAACAAUGCGUACGUAGAAUCGAUUUCGAGGUACCAAAAACUAAAAAUCAUGCUCUAUAAUCAGCUCCUACAAAUUGAAGACUCGUCAACGUACGUUUCUAGGCAUCCAAAAUUGAUUCUUCUUGAAGAAUUUCAACUAAAAGUUCAAAGCAGAACGAAAGAUCUGCACUCGAGGUCAUUUCCGAGGGAACCGGAUACCGAAAGAUAUAGGUCAUUAGUAAAUAUGUUAAUGGAUUUCGACAAGUCAAUUUUGCAGAGCUCGAAUGAAGUCGGAACCCAAAGGGAUGUUCCUGGGACCCUCAAUGGUGAAGUGAUUGCGCUUAGAAACUCGAUUUUCUCAUUCAUAAAACAUCUUUUUGAGCUCUUCCCUGAUUUCAAGGACGUUUUCUACCUGCCAGUGACUGGUUUAUGUUUAAUGCUGCUGUCAAUUGAGCGUAUGGAGUGGAACUCGAGCUUAACUGAAUCAAGAAAUGCUAAACUUUUCCCGGAAUUGUCUAUAAAUAGUAACUGGAUCGAUAUUUUCAUGGCGGAAACUGAAAACGCCGAAGACAGUUUUCAGAAAUUGAUUUUGAUUAUUCAAUCCUUUCCAUGUUAUUGGCAAUCUACAGGUUCUGUAUCGUCGAGGCAGCUGAAAGUGUUUGUUUCUAAGAUAUUUUCGAAAUUGUGGAGACUAUGGCGCAAUCAUGAGCAGAAAGUUCUCGAAGAAGAAGAAACAAAAGCGAGUGGCUAUGUGUACAAAGAGAAGAAAGAGCUGUUAGCCGAAAGUAUUAUUUGUGAUGAGCCAGAAAUCUUAGAAGCUGACUCACCCCUCAGCGAAAUUUCGAAAAGACAACCAAUUGAAGAACAAGGAAGUUUCCAUGAGAAAAAUUACUACGAAGUUUGGAAAAGUCACAAUGAAUUGUUGCAAUGCUUGACAGCUAAUCAAAAAUGUACAAAACCGUCUGAAAUAUCGACAGAUUUGAUUGAAAAAUUCUCAAACUUGACCAAAUCGGAAGUUUACAGUUUGAGUCAAACUGAAAGUUGGCUUGAAAACUUAAUGUUGCAAGUGAUCAGAUUUCAUGACAAGUUUUACAGAGGCGAACAAGUUCAAGACUCUAAACUUUACAAUAUUUACACGGAUCAGAAUAUUUCUGAAACAUCAAAAUGUGCUCCUUUGUUGAAAGACUUGAAAAGCCGAGUUGAAUUUUUGUUGCAAGAAUGGCCCGAAGAACCCAAUUUGUGCAGCUUAAUCAAAUCGAUUGACAGAAUUUUGUAUUCGGUGCCUGUUUCUCAGACGGUAGUUUAUUUUGCGGCAUCUUUAGAAGCCCUAUUGGCCAUAGCGAACUCGUGGCAAGUAGUCGCAGCAAGGCACGUUUCACUUCAAAAUGAGCUGGAACCCUUGAAAAAUCUAGACAUGCAUUGGCGUCAAAUGGAGCUCAAAUUUUGGAAACAGAGUAUGAUGUAUCAUAAACAAAAAGUGUACAGAUCCGUGUCUAAGUUCUGGUUCAACUUGUUUGCUUUAUUUGUACAAACCAUGAACGGCAAAAAUAACAUGGAAAAGUUCAUUGAAGCGCUUUUCAAGUUUCUUCAUACGUCUCCAAUUGGCGAGUUUGAAGCACGUUUGGACAUGCUGGCAAGUUGGAAAAAUUAUUGCAACUUUUUCGGGAAAACUGAAAUUGCGUCAAUCGUGAGCAAUGUCGUCGACUAUCAUAAAGGGGCAUUGGCAAGAAUGGAAAAGUCAAUCGAAGCUCAAGUGAAUUUGCUGAAACAUGAUUUGGACUCGUUUUUGAAGAUAAAAAGCUGGGGUUCGUUUAAUUUAUUUGCAUUGAAGGAAAACGUAAUACGGUGCAAGAUAAAAAUUAAGAAAGUUUUGAGCAACUACGAUGAAAUUUUAAAGCAACCCGUAGCCGACCAUCUGAUUUUGAAAAACGAAAACGAAGAAACUUCAGUAGAAAAUGCUUCUAAAAAGAAGGUGCAUUCAGUCGUUUUUUCAGAAGUUCAACUCAAAUCAACGCAAUUCGAGUUAGUCUUUAAAGCUUCUAAGAAAUUUCAAAAGAAACUGAAAAUAUUUCAAACAAAGAAAGUUUUCUUCAAUGAAAUGACCAAUCGACUUAAAGAAGACGUCAAUGAAAUUGAUGAUCACCUUAAAGAAUGCCACAAGGAGUGCCAAGAGUUAGAACAAACACUAUCAAAUGCCAAAAACGACGAUGAAAAGAAAGCGAUGAUGUCAACUGCCAAGUUUCAAAUGCAGAAACGAAAAAACUUAUUCAAGUCUUUGGCCGACUAUUUGAGUGAUCAAGGAUUAUCUUUCAAAAGGUCUCUUAAUUCAAGUGAAGAGUUGUCAGAUAUAAUGCGAAGCGUUCCUGCAAGCAUUUCUUCCGAGGACCUAAAAAGUUUGUCAUCUUGUAAAGAUACUUCGAUGUUCAUAGCUCAUCAAUACGCAGCGUUUUCUCAUAUGACUCUUUCGCAAAAAUCAGAGAUUGAUCCACGAAUGUUCCAAAUUUGUUCCGGAUUUGUAAAAGAUUCAUAUAACCAAUUAUGCGAGCUUUGGAGUUCUGUUAACUCUAGUCUGAAAGUUUGCGAAGUCGUAUCAAAAUUCGGAGACCUUUUGAAACCUUUUUCAUUGGGUGAACUUUCUGCAGUUCAACAUUUUGUUCAUCCUGCAAACAAUUUAGUUAAUGAAGUCGUUCAAGAUGUAUGCAACCUUCUCGACGAAUCAACUAAAGUUUCACUAAUACUCGACCAAAUGUGCCGUGAAGACGUUACCAAAUUCCUUGAAAAAUGUGGAACCAGUUUUGACUCUGUGAACAAAACAAAACAUACAAUUGAUGAUAUGAUAAACAGUGCAUGUUGGAAUGAAAUGAUUACAAUGACUAAAUCUGAGUCGUUGAUACGAAGUGAUGCUAUUCAAGCCACAUUCAACCGGGCUGAAAGAGCUUUGUGUACCUUGAACACUCAACUAAGCGAUUGUCCUGAGAAAUCCAACCCUUUCAUCCUUUCAUUAGUGCAAAAAUCGAAUACUUGCUUGCAGAAUAUUGAAAAUUUUAACAUUGAACUUACGAAUUCUCAGAAAGAGGUUUUAUCAAAUAUCAGCGAAGAACUGUCUUCAAAAGUGAAGCGAAUAUGUGUCAAAGUGAUUAACCUGUCUCAGAAGUUACAUGAAAUUGCACCCCUAGACUUAAAUGAGCAAUGCGAGAAACCCGCUUCAUUUAGGGUUUUAAAAUCCUUCUUAGAUGAAAUAUCAAGUCAGCUGAAGUUGAGUUCUGUAGAAAAAGAUUUCUACCAAUUGAAAGGAUUUUUGAACAAAUCCAUUUUUGAUGACAAGAAUCUUGUAUUGAGAUUGAAAGAAGAAAAAGAUCAACUUGCGUUACUUUCUAAUUCCGUUUUAUAUCUCGACGCAACGCUUAAAAUAACACUAGAAAGUGUGGGAGAUACUUUCAAAUCGCUGGUGAUUUUGAUCAAAAAAUGCAACAAGAUCUUCUUGGAAUUGAUUCUGAAAGGCUUUUGCGUACCUAAAGAGUUCAAAGAAGCUUUGCAAAGUGGUGAAUCAAAAGAUAAAGGAAAGUUCGAAGAAUGUGGAAUUGAUGAAGGCGAGGGAGUCAAAGAUGUCAGUGAUCAAAUCGAAAGCGAAGACCAAUUAAAAAUGGAACAAGAGCAAAAAGACGGUAAAAGUAAAGAUGAGAAUGGCGAUAAGAAAGAGGAAAAUAAAAAUAAUGACGAGGGAAGCGAGAAUACGCCAAUUGAAAUGAGUGAAGAUUUUAUGGCAGAUUUGGAAGAUGUGAAAUUAGACGAAAAUGAAGAUGAUUCAGAAGAAGAUAAUGAUAACAUGGAUUCUGUCGAAGACAAAUUCGGGCAAGAUGACAAACAGAAUGAUGAAAACUCAAAUGAGGAGAUAAACGACGAAUUUUGGAAUGACGAUGACGAAGAUGAUGAAAAUAAUGAGAAAGAAGAAAAUGAUGGGAAGAAAUUGGAAAAUGAUUUGAAAAAGGAUGGAAAGGUUGACAAUAAGGAGAAAUUCAACGAUGAACCUCCGGAAGAUGAUCAGAAAAAUCAAUCAGCCGACGAUAAAACUGAACCGGUAGAUGAAAAUGAAGCCCAAAUGAGGGCAGAUGAAGGGAAUGGCGAGGACGAAAAUGAACAAAGGGACCAAGGGAAAGAUGUUGAAGCUGGCGAUGAUGCUGCUGAAACAGAAGAGAACGACGAAAAAGAUGAGGAUAUUGCAUGUAUGGACGACGUCAAAUUAGACGGCGGAGAAGAUGAGAACAAUGAGAUUAAUGUAGAUGAAGAUGAAGAAAGUGCCGAAAAAGAAAUUGAGUCAAAAGAUGAAACCCAGGAUGAAAUGGAAAAUGAUGAUGAAACUGAAGAAACAACGAAAAAAGAUGGCGAUAAAUGUGAUGAAGAUGAUGCUGAAAAAGAAGAUGAAAAUUCCGAACAGGGUCUUAAAGACUCUAGUGUACUUGAUGAAGAGGCAGAAAAUCCAGAGGAAGCCCAGAAAGAAGACCCGGUCGGAACCGAAUUGGAGCCGCUUCCAAACGAUGUAGUGGAACCUCAAGAGAACAGUCACGUUGGAACCGCUAGUGCCGUUGACGACAAAACACAAGAUGAGCAACAAGAUUCAGCAGUGCAAUCAUCAGCAGCUCGCCAAGAUGAAAAUGAGGAAAACGACAAAAAUGCAGAAAACAGUUCAAAAUCCGAAAGCGUAUUGACGUACGGAAAUGAAAGCAGCGGCGGAAAACGAAAUUUGACAACCGACCAGUUUCAAACGGGAAGUAAGGAUGAAGAACCAGUUCAAAAGAAAGGUAAAAUUGAGGAUGCGGAUUUGACGGAAAUGCCGACGAACCAAAAUAAGCCGAAAGAAAAACUAGAAGAUUUAGCGUAUCAACAUACGACUGACAAUCAAAAACACGAUGUUCAAAUGUUUGACGACGCAAAAGAAUCGGCUGAUAAUUUCUUUGCUACAGAAGACACUGAAAUAGAACAAAUUGAAAGCAUGGAUGAUAAAAUUGAAGAGAAGGUGGAUGAAUUUCUUGAACCACAUGAAGAAGAUGUGAAUAAAAACGAAAUGUCAAUUGAUACAACGUUCGCCCAGCCUAACGCAAAUGAGAAGAAAUCUCUUCUGAAAGACUCAACUGAAACUGAAGACAAUAGUCCUGAAGACGAUGCUGAAUUGGACGAUGCUGCAGGUCCCGAAAAGUUUGAGAGCUCAGUUGUCUCUGAAAUAACGUCUCAACAUCCGAGGAAAGAUUAUGAGUCACUUAAGUUAUCCUUAGAAAGCAUUUGUGCUGAUUGGUCAGAAGUUGUCAAUCAUUUAUCGGACCACGAAGCGACGAUGCUGUGGAGUAAAUACUCAGCUUUAACGUCUAAUCUUUCACGACAACUGUCGGAACAGAUUCGUAUCAUAUUGGAACCUUUACAAAGUGGAAGGCUAAAAGGUGAUUACAGAUCAGGUAAACGCCUGAAUAUGAAGAAAUUAAUUCCAUACAUAGCAAGUGGGUAUCGUAAGGAUAAAAUAUGGCUGAGACGGACGAAGCCUCAGAAAAGAAAUUACCAGGUUAUGAUUGCCAUUGACGAUUCGAGUAGUAUGAACGACGGAAGAACAAGAAGCGUAGCCUUCGAAGCCAUUGCAACUUUGACAACAGCCCUUGCUUUAGUUGAAGUCGGACAAGUUGCAGUCACGAAGUUCGGCGAAACUUGCGAACUAAUCCAUCAGUUCAAUCAACCAUUCACAUUAAACUCAGGAGCGAAUGUAGUGCGAAAGUUUGCGUUCAAACAGCCGAAAACGAAAAUAGCAGAGUUGAUGAAGUUAACGACAGAAUAUAUGGUUGAGAAUCGGAUGGCUGCUUCUAGUCAACCUGUGCAGGAUCAGUUGCAGAUCAUUGUUUCAGACGGAAGAGGGCUUUUUGUUGAAGGAACUGAAAAAGUUACCAGAGCUGUCGAGGCCAGUCUCAAUUCAGGGAUCUGGACCGUUUUCAUUAUAUUGGACACUGCAGAAAAUUCCAUAGCAGAUAUCAAACUGCCAGUCUUUUCAAAGCCGACUUCAACUUCGAAUGAGGCACCGGCUUUGGUCAUGCGAAGCUACCUUGAUGUGUUUCCAUUCAAGCAUUACAUCAUUUUGGGAGAUUCUGAGAAACUGCCUGAAACUGUAUGCACUGCUCUUCAACAGUGGAUUCAACUAACUACAAGUCAAGAUUGAAAAUUGACGUGUGACUGAAUCUGAAACAAAACUGUCUAUUAUAAUAAAGAGGCCUUAUUGCUAUCGAUCAGUUCUUGAAUAAUACAAUAUAUGUUGCAUAACGAAUUUGAUGUGUUGUGUAGAAAGAGGUUUUGGACCAAUUA